UUUGAAAAGUCUAACAAAUGAAAUUUUUUUGAAUCUGAUCGAGUAAACAAAAAAUAUAAUUAAAUUAUUUUUCAGGCAAAAGUUCUACAUUCUUUCCACCGUAUCAGACCAGAGCAAGCAGAGCGUCGAGAAAAAGGAAUUUGAGGCCAUCAGGAAGAAAUUUUCUAAUGAUGAGGUUUACGUCACCUGUGCGGCCAAUGGGCUCUCGAACAACUGGAAAUGCGGUCAAAGUGCACGAGACCAACUGAUGAAAUUCGCCAAAGACAGCGAGGUGAUAUUUUUGGAAACCGUCAGCCAGGACGCCAAGCAGCUGGGUAAAAUGGCAGAUUUCUCAAACUCAAUAUACGGCAAGAAAAUCUCAAGGUGUCAGUUUAAAGGCAUUCCGUAUUCUUUCCUUCUCGCAUAUGCUAUCAGCAAGGAAAUGCCUGUGAAUUUUGAGACUAGUAAGGCCGACUUGCUUUGCUUGGUGAUUGAAGAGAAGGCGAGAAUGUACGAGGAUGAAGUCACCCAGCAGGCCUACCUGAAUUAUGCCAAAGCUCAAGUGUCAAAAAUGACAAGCGACACCCUUGCAUUGUUGGAGGAGAAAUGGUUUGAGAUCGAGAAAAAGACCCUCGAGGCGCAGAAGGAGCUCUCGGACAAGUUUACCCUUUUGGCCCUAAGGGAGUUGGAGGUGACAAAGAAGGAGCAAUUGCUGAGGCAUGCGAUUUAUGACGUCAAGCUGGAGCAGGCCAAGCAGCAAGAACAAAGCAGAAAGCGCCAAAGACAGCAAGAGAUUGAGGAGUUUAAUUGCCAGUCACGCCAGUGCAAAAGAUUUCGCUAGAGGAUGAACAAUUUAUGUUUAUAUUUAUUUAUUUUUAUAUGUUUAUAUUUAUUUAUUUUUAUAUGAUUAUAUUUAUGUUUGUAUAUAUUUAUAUUUUAUAUUUUUAUUGCGCUGUAAAUAUAUUAGUAAAUUUAGAGAUUCGUACCACUCUUGUUCUGGAGGUGCCAAAGUUUCAAAUGAAUUCAUCUCGCCAUUUUUAAAGAAAAUCUAGUGAGUUCCUGCUGACUGUUAAAAUACUUAGGAAUGACACUCGUUUAAAAUGAAUUUUGAAGUCUGCAAUUUCGUACUCUUAAGUUUUUAACCGAUUUUAUAUUUAAACCUCAUAUGAAAAGCCUUCAUCUGAAAAAGCACAG